CAAUCAGUCUGUCGGUUGCCCCUCUCUGGAUCGUAUCAUACUAAAUUUGUUCCGCGAUUAUUCUUAUCGGGGGCAUUUACAUAUUAACUUUUUUUUUCACAACUUCUUAAAAAUUGUGAUUUCGAUUUAAACGACAAUUUUGUUUUUUGUGGUACGAGUUUUUAUUUCGUAAUUUUGUGAUAACAUACAUAUAUGUAUAUAAGACUUUUUAUACGAAUAAUACUAGGUAUAUGUUUCUGUAAAUAUAUAUAUAGUAUAUACGAUAACGCUUUGCUAAACUUGCUAAGUGUCCGAUGAGUGUAUUUUUGCACCUUUACAAAGUAAAAAUAUUGCGGAUUAUCGUGUCAAUAUAUAUAUUUAUUAUAGGGGUCAAAAAUCUGUGUUGAAACCGCAAUAAAAACGAAAUAUUUUAUGAUUGAUCAAGAUUCACAGCAUUGCUGAGUAUCCACAGAAAUUUCUUAUUAACUUAGGUAAAAUUCCAGUUAUCAACACCAAUAAUAACUUCUUUUUUGAUAUCUUUUCAAUAUAUCAACAUAAAGUCAUACAUCAAAUUAUGGACGAUUUAGUUACUGUAAAUUUCAAUGAAAUACAAUCGGAUAAAGAGCUUGGAAGAGGUAGUUAUGGUGUUGUCCACAAAGCAUUGUGGAAAACUGAAUUAGAAGUGAGACAAAUUGCUGUGAAAAUAAUUGAAGAUAAACGAACCGAGCAUAUUAAUUUCGAAAAGGAUAUUCACCGAGAAAUCCAGAAUCUACAAAAAUGUAUUCAUCCCAAUGUCAUAACGUUGUAUGGAGUCUCUAAAAACACCAAGAAUAACAUUUGCUUACUGUUUGAAUAUGCGGAUUGCGGAUCACUCUACGAUUUCUUACAUCGCACGGAAGAGGGAAAGAAAAAAGAAGUUUCAUUCAACGGGAAUCUUGAUUGGAUGCUACAAUGUGCCAAGGGAAUAGACUACUUGCAUAACAAAAACAUAGUUCAUCGGGAUCUUAAAACAGACAACCUCUUACUUUUCAAUGGGUAUCGCACAUUGAAAAUAUGCGAUUUUGGUAAAGUCAAAGAACUUGUAACAAUGAAUACAGAAUUCGUUGGGACUAUUUGUUACAUGGCACCAGAAGUUUGCGAAAAUGGAAAAUACAAGGAAAAGUGUGAUGUGUUUAGUUUUGGAAUCAUAUUUUGGGAAGUUAUGUCAAGGAAGAAGCCAUUUUACGAAAUGCUCUCAGGAGAUAUACAUGUAUUGGCUAUUCAAAAUAAAAUUAUUGAUGGAAGUCGUCCGAAUAUAGAGGAUGCGAUGAUUUUUGAGGAUUCUGAUUGCGUUAGGCCAAUAAUAGAAAAGUGUUGGGAUCGUGUUCCAGAAAAUCGGCCGACUAUGCAAGAGAUUUGCGAACUUCUCCCUAUGUAUCCUUUAGCUUACAGUUACGUAAACAUUGAGGAGAUUGAACUUGGCAAAUUUGUAAGAAACAAUAAGCAAUCCAAAGAGGUCAAUUUGUAAUAAUGCUGAUAUUUAUAGAUUGGAAGUGGAAGCUAUGGUAUUGUCCACAAUGCAUUUUGCCUAAUAAAGGGCCAAAUCAAAGAAAUGGCUGUGAAAAUAUUACAAAGCAACC